AUGCUAGUCCGCGGGCUCAAGCGACUCUUCAUCCCGGUGGCCCUGUUCCUGCUGCUCGCCUUCGUGGCCGCCACCUACUUUGGCAGCGCACGCUCCGGAUGGUCGCUCACAGACAGCUUCAAGGGCUCGCUGCCCUCCUUUGACGAUAAUAAUGACAAAAAUAAUGAUAAUAAGAAGAACAAGCCAUCGCCGGCCGCCUCGCCCAAGACCGCGUCCGACGUCGCGAAGACACACCACGAGGUCUUCUCGCUGUCGACGCCGGACCGCAGGUUCUUUCGCAUCAAGUUCGGCGAGCUGCCGGCUACGAACCCCAGCAUCAUCCCCCAUCCGCAGCUCAACGACACCUGGGUGAUCUCAGCACAGCAUAUGAACCGCCGGGACACGAUCAAGAACACCGUCUGGUUUGCUGAGCUCGUGUGUAACGCCAUGUUCAAGACGAGCGGCCGCCUGGAGUGCGUCAGCCCGCCGAUGAACAUGCCCAUUGCCGCUACCGUAGGAGACCGCAACAAGUGUACGGGCGACCUGGCCUUCUUUGCCCUCAAUAUCGGGCCCCAUGAUGCCCGCGUCUUCUACGGGCCACGCUUCCCGCUGGCCAUCUACGGCUCCAACUCCGUCUUCACCUGUUUCGGGCAGUGGGUGCAGGACUUCCGCAUGCUCAUGGACUGGGGGUACGAGCACUUCUUCCAGAACGAGUUCCGCGUGCCUACGGAGAUCCAACGGCCGACGGCGUACGGCGCCAUCGAGAAGAACUGGUUCGUCUUCUGGGACAGGGAUGGCCAGAUGUACGCCCACUACGACGUGGCUCCCCGACGAGUCUUCGCAAAACUAGAGUACACGGGUGCGGUAGGACCGGAUCUCGCGCCCGCCGUGGCCCCCCAGGACAACCGGUGUCUGCGGCGGUACAUGCCUCGUCUGCCGCCCAAGCUCGAGUCCAUCCACCAGGCCACAAACUCGCUGGCCAUCACCCUCUGCAACCGGACAGAUCCGAAGUGCAAGCCCAACGAAGAGAACACCUUUGUGCUGACCAUCUUCCAGCACAAGAGCUUCUACUCCUUCCACAGCGUGUAUGAGCCCUACGCCAUGCUCUUCCGCCAGAGUGCCCCCUUCGAGCUGUACGGGAUAUCAUCAAAGCCCAUCUGGAUCCAUGGCCGCGGCAAGGCUGGAGAGGGCAAGAAACCGCCGGGUCUGACGCCCGAAGAAGCCCGAGUCUGGAGCCAGACUGAGAUGUUCUACAUCACUUCCAUAAGCUGGAAAAAGCACGGCCAGAAAUACCAUGGCUACAGUGAUGACGUGUUGUUCAUUGCCUUUGGCAUAGAAGACGAAGACACCGGGGGUAUAGAUGUACGAGCCAGUGACCUACUAGAAGGUUUGGGACGGUGUUCAGUUGCAUGA